CGUACUUCGAACAACAUGACAACUAUUCAUAGUAACCAGAGGCCUUCAAACAAAUACACGCCUCUAGUCUAUGAAUUCGAGAAGAUUUCCCGCAAUGAUGUUAACAUCGUCGGCGGAAAAAAUGCUUCACUGGGCGAGAUGAUUCGCGAGUUAGGAAAUGAAGGAGUGGCUGUUCCCCCUGGAUUUGCGACCACGUCCCAGUGCUACUGGGAGUUUUUACACUACAACAACAUCAACGAGAGACUCGAGGAGUUAAUCCGGGACUGGCAAGCACGGAAGAUUAGUCUUGCAGAAACCGGCAGGUGUGCCCGAGACCUAUUCCUCAAAGCAGAGUGGCCAAAAGAAGCAAAAGAGACCAUCAGUUCGGCCUAUGAUUCGCUAUCGAAGAAAGUCGGAAUUGUGUCGGUAGACGUUGCCGUACGCUCUAGUGCAACCGCCGAGGAUUUUCCUGAGGCAAGUUUCGCUGGCCAACAAGACACUUUCUUGAACAUUUCGGGGAAGUCAGCCUUAUUUCAGGCUUGCCAAAGAUGCUAUGCAUCCCUAUUUACCGAUAGAGCAAUAUCUUAUCGACAAACUAGAGGAUUUGACCAGUUGAAGGUUGCGCUAUCCAUCGGGGUUCAACAGAUGGUCCGCUCCGAUCUCAGUGGCUCAGGCGUCAUGUUUUCCAUCGACACCGAAAGUGGGUUUGAAAAGAUCGUCUUAAUAAAUGCAGCUUGGGGUCUUGGAGAGAAUGUUGUACAAGGGGCUGUAAAUCCAGACGAGUAUCAAAUUUCCAAACCUUUUCUUAACGAGACUGGCUUGAUUCCGAUCAUCGAGAAGAGGCUCGGCGGGAAGGAGAGAAAGAUGGUGUAUAGCGAAGGGGAGUCAGCAACGAGGAAUGUGCCUACUUCGAGAUCAGAGCAAGAUGUUCUAGUUCUUGACGAUGUUGAGAUUAUUCAGCUCGGUCGAUGGGCAUGCACGGUUGAACGCCAUUAUGGAUACCCGGUGGAUAUGGAAUGGGCGAAAGAUGGUAUCACUAAUCAACUUUUUAUUGUGCUAGCUCGUCCAGAGACUGUGCACUCGGUACGAAGAGUAGGGGAAUUCCAUGAAUAUUCAGUAAAAGCCAAGGGCAAGACGUUGGCAACUGGCUGCUCAGUAGGCAAUGCAGCUGUGGCAGGACGCGUAUGCAUGAUAGGAUCCCCUACAGAUAUUGACACAUUCAUCGAAGGAUCGAUCCUAGUGACCGAAACAACUGAUCCUGACUGGGUUCCGAUAAUGAAGAAAGCACUAGCCAUCGUGACAGAUCACGGAGGUCGAACUUCACAUGCUGCCAUCGUCAGUCGAGAGCUUGGAAUCACUGCUGUUGUUGGCACGAGUAACGCUACCUACGUUUUGCACACGGGCAAAGACAUCACCGUUUCCUGCGCCGAGGGAGAGACGGGGUAUGUCUACGAAGGCAUAGCUGAUAUCACUUCGGAGUCCAUUGACGUUUCAAAACUUCCUGCGACAAGUACAAGGGUUAUGCUCAACUUAGCAGACCCAAGCGCAGCGAAUCGCUGGUGGCGCUUACCUUGCGAUGGUAUCGGCCUAGCACGAAUGGAGUUUGUUUGGAACAACCACGUUCGCAUCCACCCAAUGGCGCUUCUGCACCCUGAUCGGAUAACCGACGAGGCUACUCAGCAGAAAAUCAACAAACUUACCACAGGUUAUGAAGACAAAUCGCAGUACUUCGUGGACAAGUUAGCCCUUGGCCUUGCUCGCCUGUGUGCCUUGGUAUAUCCGAAACCAGCUAUUAUUCGAUUAUCAGAUUUUAAAACCAACGAGUAUGCAAAUCUCAUCGGCGGAAGUUCAUUUGAGCCGAAGGAAGAGAAUCCAAUGAUUGGGUGGCGUGGAGCUUCUCGAUAUUAUUCUUCGGCAUACAAAGACGGCUUCUCCCUGGAAUGCAGAGCCAUCAAGCGAUUGCGGUAUGAGAUAGGUUUCAUGAACGCAGUGGUCAUGGUUCCGUUCUGCCGUACUAUCCAAGAGGCGAUCAAGGUUCAGAACGAGCUCUCUCGACACGGGCUACGACGAGGAGCGGAUGAUUUGCAGAUUUACGUGAUGUGUGAGAUUCCAUCCAACGUAAUACUGGCACAGGAAUUCGCGAAUCAUUUUGAUGGGUUCUCAAUUGGUUCUAAUGAUCUUACACAGCUGGUUCUUGGUAUCGAUCGCGACUCAGGAGAGCUUUCGUCUCUGUUUUCCGAAAAAGACGAUGCAGUCAAGUGGAUGAUUGCAGAGGCGAUAGCAAAAGCACACAAGGCGAAGCGAAAGAUUGGACUUUGUGGACAAGCACCUAGUAAUGAUCCGUCAUUUGCAUCCUUUCUUGUGAAAUGCGGCAUCGAUUCAAUCUCUGUUACUCCAAGCAGCUUUAUUGCAGUCAAAUUGAACAUUGCUGACGCGGAACAUGAAAAUAGGGAAACUCUUUUCCGUAUGUAG